GCCAUAUUUGAUUACAUUAGUUUACAAGAUGGCGGCUGCAUGUUCAAAAUAAGGUGUUGAGUGAGGGAUAUUUCGUCUCACAUUUCAACAACACAAUGCCGUCCAUGAUUGAGGUGGGGAUGCCAGUAGCCCAGCAUGUGGGCAGUCCCACCAAACUAGUGCCUGCAGAAAGCCCUCGUCAAACCAGCACACUAAAAAUGAAUCAUUUUGGAAUUGAAGUUGUUGACAGUAUUGUAUGGCAGGGAUGGGAGCCAGGAAGGGAAUACACCAAGAAUAUUAUUCUCAAAAAUGUUCACAUCAAAACACAGAAAGUCAAAUACAAAAAUCCCAGCAGUCGUUUUUUCACAACUCUGUACCCCAAACCUGUGGUGCUGAGUGCAGGAACAAGCUUCUCUCUGCCUGUUACCUUCAGACCAUUGGAGAAAGUCCUAUAUGAAGAUAAAAUAGAAUUUCAAACAAAAGAUGGAACAUUUGAGGUUCCAAUACGGGCUGUUCUGCCAGAAGUGGAUAUUGUUGUGCCUUCUUUCCUGGAUUUCAGCAUGUGUGCUGCUAAGGAUAUAGUAGAGAGCACUUUCCAAGUCUCCAACACUGGAGAUCUGGAAACGCAUGUUCAGUGGAAAUGUGGUGAUCCUUUCACUAUCGAACCUGUCAGUGCUAUCCUGAAGUCUAAUACCUCCAAAUCCUUCAAGGCUACUUUUAAACCUGGAAAUGCCUGUGUAUACCAAGGGGAAGCAGUUUGUUUGUAUGGACCUGACCUCAGCUUCGGAAAGGUGACAAAGCUAGAAGGAAUUGGCAAAUAUCCUCAUAUCUUGGUGUCCAGUCCAGGCAAACCUGCUACAACACUUACCCAGGAGAACCUUGAGUCAGCUGUCCAGUUUGGUCCAACUCCUGUUGGUUCAACAACACAGAAGUGGGCAGAGCUUCAUAACCUGGCUCCGGUGAGGGCACCUUACAAGGUUGAACAACCAUCCAACUCUAGGAUAGAUACAGUAUUUGACUGCCCCCAGAAAACUGGAAUUGUGCCGCCCAUGGGCUCUGUCAAGAUUCCAUUUACAUACAGCCCUAACACAGUGGAUACAACUAGCAUUGACUAUUUUAAUGUCGUAGCUAUUGGCAACGUCAGCAAGAGUGUCAUCAAAUGUAGCGGAUCUUCUAAAGGUCCCACUGUGCAACUGAGCUCCAAAGUGGUGAACUUUAUGCAGAUUGAUAUUGGUGAGGUGGGCACAAGGACUGUUGAUCUUGUCAACUCUUCUGAUGUAGAGGCAGUCUACCAGUUUAUGAUUGACUGCAAUGAGAGUGUUUUCAAGUUUGAGAAAAUAUCAGGUGUGUUACGCCCGAACACAAAGUCAACAAUCAUCCUCAAGUUUCAUCCCCAACAUCCGAUCAACUACCACCGUCAAGUCACCUGUAUGAUCCAUAACCAGGGACCGCUGUUCCUUGACCUUCUGGGAACCUGUCAUUCUGAAAUGGUAAAGCCAGCUGUCCUUUUGGGCAAACACCUGAGUCACUACAAGCUUCAUGCACGUCGCGGAUUGUCCGUCUAUCCCCCAGAGCAACUAAACGACCUAGCAAAGACCGGGAAAUUGGAACUGGAUGACACUGGAGCUCUGACGAUGCCAGAGGAUUGGCCUGUGAAAAUCAUUAUUCCAGAUGCGGGAGAAUCUGUAGAUAACACUGAAAAUGUAUACCAGGAUAUUCCAGUCAUGGACCAAUACUUCAAUGACGGUUACCAUAGUGAUGUGGUGCAAUUUGUUCCCCACAUAAGUAUGGAUGUCAACAAUAUUGACUUCGGCAAAUGUCAGAACAUUAGACUUGUAGAAGACAAGCUCCUGAAUAUUACAAAUCACACGCAUGGAAAGGUCACAGUCCAGUGGAUUGGCGGGUCAGACAGAACGUUUUAUGUGACUCCGUCGGUGAUGGAUAUUCCACCUCUUAAAACCUGUGCAUUCCAAGUGUCCUUCAAACCUAACGCCCCAAACCAGUUUUACGGAGUGGAACUGGAGUGUUAUACCUACUAUAAGAGUCUGAGGGACUACCGUUUGGUGGAGGAUACCACUCAUUGUCCUCCAUGGUGCUGCACACUCACCUGUGCAGGCCAUACUUUCCAGCCUAAUAAUGAGACUUUCCUACCACGUCUUAGUCUGGACUCGCAACGUCUCAUAUUUCCUGCUGUCAAUACAAAGGAAUCAACGUAUCGUACCCUCCUCUUCACAAACAAUGGUACCACGCCUAUAUUUUACGAUGUAGAAAAAGAUCCAACAUGUGUGUACGCGGUGAAGCCAGCCAAAGCCUUAUUGAAGGGAGAGCAUCAGAUUUUUGUGGUGAAGAUCACUCCCCCCGAAGUUAAAACGUAUAAACAUGCUUUAAACUUCAGACUCAAUGAUAAUGAGAAAUAUAACAAGUCAAUCCAGCUGUGGGGUUCUGCUGAGGCACCUCUGGUUCUCCUCGACACUGAUGGUAAUAUGUUCUUCAAGCAGACAUGCAUUGGCACAUCAUCUUGUAAAUCUUACACCAUAAAGAACCUGUCACGAAUCCCACUGAGAUACGAAUGGCAUUUGAAACAUGCUGACAGUAAGCUUCUGUCUGUAACGCCAGACAGAGGGAUCAUCCAACCAAAUGAAACUCAGUGCCAGACAUGGUCAUUUGUGCCUGAUGCCGGGAAGAAAUUUGUGAUGAAGCCUUCUCUCAUUGUGUGGGGCCAGGGUUUCAGUAGCACCUCCUCCGGUGGAAAGAAGAAACAGUUCUCUGUCCGUGCCGUCGGGGAAGGAACCCUCGGUGAUAUCAAAGCAGAGCAACCUUAUCUGGACUUUGGCGACGUAGUGGUUGGAAGUUCAGCAUCAAAGACUAUUGUCAUUACCAACGACAGCUCAUGUUCCCUACACUACAAACUUUUUAUUGACCAGACUUUGGACGGACCUUAUCCUGAGGAGGUGACUCGGGACGAUAAAAUUGCUCUAAUACUGGAAAAAAUGGAGGGUAUUCUGCCAGCACGGUCCAAACAGACCAUCAUGGCGUCUGUGUGUCCAGUUCGGAGGUCAACCUACCAGUUUGCUAUCUCCUAUCAGCUUAUAACACCUGAGGGAAAAAUUACCCACAAUGCAGCAAAUGAGCCCCAACAUCUAUGUCAUGUGCUGACGACGGGAGUGUUCCCGUUUAUGUGUGUUACCGAUGCUCGUUGCUAUGGUAGCGCCAUCGGCAUCAGUAAAAAGCAACUGUGGAGUCUAUUCUCACUGGACAAUUUGAAUGUAAGUCUGGACUCUGACCCAUCGACAGAGGAACUUCGAUACAGUGUAGCCACGAGACACAGCCAUAGUCGUCGUCCUCCAGUCUACACCAGAGCCAUCCUCGACUUCAACUUCAGCUCCGCACCUCUCAACAGUGACCCUUGUAUUGUGAAUCUGAUGUUCGAGAACUCCGGAACCGUUGCUACAGACUGGGCAUUCCUGUUCCCAGCUGACCUUCAGCUGGAGUUAGAAUACUGGGCGGAGACCGGAGAGUUUGAUGAGGAUGAACUUCAUGAGAUGAAGGUGAUGGAUAACAAGCUAUUUACUAUUGAACCGAAGACUGGCAAGUUGGCUCCUGGGGAGUGUAAGACUGUCACCCUGACAUACAAACACACAAUGGCAGGCACGGACCGACUCCCAGUUCUACUUAAACUGGCCCGUGGAAGAGAGAUCUUGCUUAACUUUGUCGGUGUGACAGUCGAGUCGGAGAGGAGAUACAUCCAUUUCCCGUCCAAUAAACACAUGUUUACUCCAAUCCCUGUUGGAGAGAAGAAUGCUCCAAAACAGACAUACGAUAUGUACAAUGGGGGAGCUGUACCUGUUAAGUUCCAUAUUGAUCUAGCUCCAUUAGAUCUCCUUAAAAAGGAGAAUUAUGACCAGCCAAUCUUUGAGUGUCUGAACCCUGUAGGAGAGAUACAACCGGGGCGGACUUUGGCUAUCGACUGGAGAUUCUCGCCCAUUGAAGCCAAAACUUACAUGGUAGAUGUUCCCAUACAUGUUCAUAAUGGUGACACAGCCAUCGUGACCUUUACCGGGGUCGGGUAUGACCGCCGUGUCAUGGGAGACACCAUGCCAAUCUCUGACCAGCAAGACUUGACCGGAGUACCAAGUAUACAGAGUGUACCUUUACCUGGACAGCUGGCAUACCUGUCCCAGGAGAGGCUUUCAUUUGGCAACAUGCCGCUGUUCAGCAGAGCUAGGCAGCUUGUGUUUGUCAUCAACAAAUCACGUGAUAGAGACUUGUCCUUCGAGUGGCAUGUCACAGCUCAGGCAGAUAGCCAGUACCUAUCUAUUUCCCCUGUACGAGGACAUUUGGAACCAGGAGAGAGCAAGAUGUGUAGAAUUGUCUUUGUGGCCUGUAAAGUUCCAUCGUUUUAUGACCUUGACCUUGUGUGUGAGGUUACGGAUGAGGUGGAGAUGAGACAAUUCAACAAGAAGCUGCAGAAAUGGGAGAAUGAACGAGAGAGACAGAAAUAUGAGUUCACUAUUACAGAGAAUGACUUGGAUGCUGAUAACCGCCUCCCUAACAAUGUGGAGAUCAUGGAGCGCCCAAGCAGUCGUCUCCAAGCCCUGGAAGAUAAAAAAGUGGAUAGUGAAGGAGAGCUCACCAAGUAUAGGACAUUACCUCCAAUUAAUCAAUUGUCUCCUGAUGAAGAAAAGGCCAUAAAGAUCAGUAAAGAUCAAAAGGAGGCUGAACUCUGGGCCAAACCAACCGCACCGAACCCAUUCUUACUCCACUUAGGGCUGACAGCCAGAACCCACGACAUUCGAGAAUUCCAAAUUAACUUCCCUGAGGAAUACAAGAACUUCUAUGUAGAUAGAAUGCUGAGUGAGAAGCUGGCUGGACCAAUCGGGCGGGAACAAGAGAAAAAGCAAGAGCAGGAGUCCCUUCCCCAGAUCAGUUGUACACAGGCAGAGGCAGAGAUGGUGUCGGGAGUCCUUAGUAACGUCCUCAGAGGCCUACUGGAUGACAAUUACUUCCAAGAUUCUGUGAAGAAAGUCACCAAUGAGGCGAUUCCGUACUACAGCCAAAUUGGAGAGCCGCGGAUAUCCACCCAUGAGCCCUCUGAGGCUGAGCCCCAGAGCGGCCGGUCAAGUGCCGCUUCCCAGUCCCGCAUGUCCCUAAUGUCCUCUGUUGAUGUCACCAUAGAACCUAAAACUAUGAGCAACCCACCCACACCAACAAGUGUGCCUCCAGAGUCUUCAAAACAGCCUGCUCCCUCUACUAAAUCGGGAAAGAAACUUCGGAUGGAGUCCAAACAACACACCAAUGAGGAAAUAGAAAAAAUUAGCAAAGAGGAAGAUCUACUCAAACAGAAACAAGCAUUUAAAAAAGCUCCAGAGUUUGGCAAUAUUGCAGAGUCAAUCAUUGAGAAUUCUCUACUGAAUAUCAUGUCUGAGGCACUGAUGGAAGAAUUCAACAUAACAGCACGGCCAAGAUUUAUUGCUCUUCCCAAGCGCACCGCAUCUGCCCAAAGCAAAGCCACAAAAUAAGGCACUCCAAACUCUGUAUCAACGAUAGUAUUUUUGUGGAUUGUUGAAGCAAAAUUUACCAACUUCAAUACAUCAACACUAGUUUGAUUUGUUGAUGUACAUGAAUAUGAACAUCAGUACAAGUAGUCAAGUGUUGAUUCAGUAAGAAAACAUACAUUAAUUAAACGUGUUAAUUGAGUUACUGAUAGCACUCCACGGUUGAGACAUGUUUUUUUUUCUGUAUGGAUGAUGACGGAGAGUACCAAGUACAAUGCUGAAACAAAAACUGUUUCUGAUGUUAUAUGCUAUUCUAGUGUCGUUGCAAUGUCCACAACUCUGUCCAAACUUUCAGAGAAGUAGAACCAUACCAGUAAAUACUGUCGGAAAACUUUCUUUCGUUUAAUAAAAUAUUAGAAGUGUUGUAAAUUAUCAGAAGAUAUGACUUUUGUAUAAGCCUGAUAAUUCAAUGAAAUGUGAUAUUGUGAGGGUGUUUUUAAGCAAAUCAUUGGUCAUGAAUUUCAUUGUUUUGAGUUAUUUCUUAAGAUUAAUGAUUUAUUCAUUUUUGUUGAAGAAAAUUGUGAAGAGAGAAAUGUAAAUAUAUUUGUAUCAUUUACAACUGAAGUAGAUUUCAUAUUUUUUCUAUCUCUAUAAAAUAUUCUCCGUCCAAACUGGAACUGUUGUACAUGUCAUAUCUGUUAUUUAUCUGCAAAUACAUAAUAAAUGUAAAGUGUAUUUAUUUGUUAAUGAACUAGAUUGUUGACUGACUUUAAAAUGGAGGAGACUCCUAUUGGCUUUAAAUCUAUAAUAAACAUGUUUGAUGAUUUGUGUAAGGAAAUGUGUUACACUGUAAAAAUAACUAAAAACCGAAAAUUACGUGCACAAAAUCUUUUUUUUUUCUCUAAAUACAAAAUUGAUUAUGGUUAUAAAAUGGAUUUUCAUAUCAAACUGACUAACAAGAAGAUGGUUAGUUAGAUUUAAUAUAAUUUGGAAUUAAUUAUUAUAUCAAAAUAUAUAAUGAUUCAGUGUGAAGGGUUUUAAUGUUUUGAUAUUUCUUUUUAAGAAGACAAUUAAAAGGCUUUGAAAAUAGAUACCAAAAAUUAUUGUUUGCAGAUUGUCUGUAAAUGUAAUUAAAAAAAUGUAUAAUAUAACAGUAAUAUGCUUUCAAAUCUGAGCCUCAGAUAUAUUGGUAUUAAAAUUUACAAUAUGCCAAAACAUGCUGACUUUGUAUAUAAAUUGUCACUGAAAAAAUAGCAGGACUUAAAAAGAAAUAUAACAUUCAUUUUGAGUGAUUAUACAGAUGAUUAUACUUGUUUGUGUAGGAAAGUUAAAUUAUGAAAUCUAGAAACUUUGUACAAUGUAGACCAAAAUCUACACAUUUCUAGGUUUAAAAGAAUUUUGAAAAAAGUUGUCAAUAAUUUGAACAGCUUUUUUCAAACUCGGGUCAUUUAAUCCGAGUUUAGUUGAAUGUAAAUUGAACCUGUGUUAUCUGAACCCUGUCUGUUAUUGGCCGUGCUUGUGUUCGGUAUACACAGGUUCUGCUGUAUUUUGUCAUUCCUGUUGGAAUCCAUAUUCAGCAGUUUUUCCGUCUGUGAUAUCGAUUAUUGUAAUUAUUAUAUUUGUAUCUCUGUAAUAUGCUGGGAGUGCUCAGAGUGUUAAUGUGAUAGAUGUCCAUGGCCAUCUCUCUACUAACAUACAUUCCAAAAGUUCCUAAAUCCUCUUGGACUUAUUCAACAAGAAAUUCAUAUUCUGUGACAAAUCCAGGUGUUUGUCCCGCUCCAGAUCCAUGACUGAAAGUUUACAAGUAAUUUUAUGCACAAUCCGAAACAUGUAUGGAUUAAAAAUUUCCGAUCAUUAUUUUAAGAUAGAUCAAAAUCACACUUUCUCAGUUUAACUUGACACAUUGUUGUAUGAAUCAAUUAUGUAAAUAACUUAAUGGUUUACACAGAACUUUCUAGAUGACUAUUUUUACAUUUGUCUGUUGCUGAAUAUUCCGUCCACAAAGUGUUGAAUUAUAAGAUUAUUUGACUGCAGUAUUUUUGACAAGGUAUGAAACGCUGAUAUUGUGAUGGAACUGACGUAAAUAUGUAUGUAUUUGUAAAAAAUAUGAAGAAAUAAAAGCACUCGAAAACAUAAAAA